GAGGUGUUUUCCGCUGAUGUGUGCACCAGUGAUGAAUAUGAAGCACGUAUAUUUAAAGAGGUGAUCGUCAGAGUUGGGGGACGAGGCUCUCGGUACCUGCUGCAACUGGAAACACCGUCCCUGAAUAAAAACAGUCCCUUCAGAUAAAGAAAUCAUCAUGGAAUCAGCCAUCACCACCAUCGUCAGCCAGUUCAAGACCUACGCUGGCAGCGACGGAUCCUCCAGCACGCUGAGCAAAGAGGAAUUCAGAAACCUGGUGGCCUCUCAGCUCCCCAACUCUGUCAAGAACGCCAGCGACCCUGGAGUGAUCGACCAGCUCAUGGGGUCCAUAGAUGAAAACAACGAUGGGGAGCUGACUUUCUCCGAGUUCUGGCAGCUGAUUGGCAAACUGGCGAGCAAACAGGGAGGCUUCAGCCAGUAGUGAUUUGCCAUCUUCUGUCAUUUUUCAGCUAAAUGUGCAAUGCCACUUCAGUGGCACCAGUUCAGUUCAUUUCCGCUGUCCGGUUGUAAACCGAAGGGCAUUUUAAUUGUUUUAUCAUCCACCAGUGCCACAUUCGUAAAUGGUUAGUUAACCAUUUGUUUGAUGCCUGGUACUUUGAAUUAAAGGCUUCAUUGUCUUGAA